CAUUGUGGAUCAAGGCUGGAGACGUUGACUGGCAGGUUUACAAUACCCUCCCAAAACUCGCUGCUGACUGUCAAAUUAUACAUCAAAACUUGACCUGGAUCGCAUGGUGUUCUAAGGAGGACUUUCUCAAAGUGGAGAAUCCGUAUUAAUUGGAAUUUAUUCGGGGAUUGCUCCGCAAAACGGUGUUUAAAAUGGAUGAUCAACAAAGACUUAUGCACCACCAGCAGCCCGUUUCGGCGAUGGCUCAAGUUCAGAACAUGGCACAACCCCCGUAUCACAAUAUGCCCCCGACUUCAGACCCAAAUAUGGGCCAAGAUCAGGAGCAGAGAAAGCAAGAAAUAGGAGAUAUUCUACAACAGAUCAUGACCAUUACAGACCAGAGUUUAGACGAGGCACAGGCUAGCUCUGACUUCUUUUCCAGAAAACACACAUUGAAUUGCCACAGAAUGAAGCCAGCCUUGUUUAGUGUUUUAUGUGAAAUCAAAGAAAAAACAGUUCUAAGUAUACGAGGUACACAGGAAGAUGAACCUCCAGAUCCACAGCUAAUGCGAUUAGACAAUAUGUUGAUAGCAGAGGGCGUCGCAGGGCCAGAAAAGGGCGGUGGACCGUCGGCUGCCGCCAGUGCCACAGCUGCGGCCUCUGGUGGCCAGCCAGAGGGGACGAUUGAACAUUCAGACUAUCGGGCGAAGUUGGCGCAGAUUCGACAGAUUUAUCAUACAGAACUGGAAAAAUAUGAACAGGCCUGUGAUGAAUUCACGACACACGUGGUCAACUUGUUACGAGAGCAGAGCCAGACACGUCCUAUUGCUCCUAAAGAGAUCGAGAGAAUGGUCAACAUUAUCAGGAGAAAGUUUAAAGGAAUCGAAAUGCAGCUAAAGCAAAGCACUUGUGAGGCUGUGAUGAUUCUUAGGUCAAGGUUCUUAGAUGCUAGACGGAAGAGGCGUAACUUUAACAAACAGGCAACAGAGAUCCUGAAUGAAUAUUUCUACUCACACCUCAGCAACCCCUACCCAUCAGAAGAAGCUAAGGAAGAACUGGCCAGGAAGUGUGGAUUGACUGUGUCACAGGUGUCCAACUGGUUCGGCAACAAGCGAAUCCGCUAUAAGAAGAAUAUAGGUAAAGCCCAAGAAGAGGCGAAUCUUUAUGCAGCAAAGACUGCCGCAGCCGCAGCGGCUCAGACCCAACAGGAUGUCCAGGGUCCCGGAGGUUACAGCAUGCCGGCCGGCGGGCAACAGAUGCCCGGGCAAUACAUGAACCUUAACGGGGACAACUACCAGUCAGGUGAAUCGGUGGGCUCGAACGUUCAGUCCCAGGUAGGCUCCUCCAUGUCUCCGUUACAGGUGAAUGCUUUGAGGCACGUUAUCUCGCAGACAGGCGGCUAUAACACGGACGGGGCCGGCAUGUAUGACCAGCAUCUUCAGGGAGCCCAUUCUCGCGGCGGCAGCCACCCCAACAGCACCAAUGCGUCCCCCAACGGUAACCACGAGGACAAGAACGGGGACCACCCGGAGGGCUGGUCUGGAGAGCGCCCUCUGGGGUUCCAUAACAUACAGGGACUCGGCUCCGAGGAGGACAGCACAUACGAUUCGCAAGAUGAGCCACCGACAAAGAGACCCAAGGUCUAGGUGGCGCUAGUGGUGAAUUUGUAUUGUCAGAAGUGUCUGUCAGGGGUGUCUGCCUAAAGAUGGCACCAGCACUGCAAUGGAAAAUAUCUCUGAAUAGCUCUUUUGAUAUUGAAAGAGAGUCAGAGGCUGCCAUUUUUGUUAACCAUAGCAACGCCCAUGUGUUGAUGGAAACCACUGCUAUAAAGUGUAAAAUGUCAUUUACCAAUACUGUAAACUGCUAAAUUUUUACGCCAUGCUAUUUUCACCGAUUUUGCGAACAACUGAGACUCAAUUAGUCGCCGUAAUUCACUCACCUCAGUUCACUAUCGCAAAAAAGUGGCUGUUUACAGUACAUCAUUCGCCUCAUCUUCAGGUGAGACAGACAGACAUUUGUCCAGGAAUAUAAGGAAUUUCAAAACAUGGUUCAUUAUUGUACUAUCAUUGAAUGACAUUUUGUAUCAGAUUUAGAAGAAGAGUAUUCUAUGAAUUGUUGUGUGAGGUAGUGUGAGGUGAAAUGGAGGAAUUUAAGUAUUAUUUUUAAAAUACUCAACGAGAAUAAUGAUACCCCUGCAAAGCAGGUGGUCUAAUUUCAUGGGGGUUUUUCAAGGAUGCAUUCAAAUGACUCCUUAACAACCAAAAGGUGGCAGUUCUAGAUGGUAGGAUGUACAGUAUCAGUGCAUCGUAUCAUAGUGCAAUCCCUGUUGGGUCUAAUUUAGUAUAAUUUAUGACAAACAAAUGGCCAAAAUUCCUUCGCUGAUGGGAUUAGUGUGUCACCAUCUUUUCAGCGAGUCAAUUGGGAGGGUUUGCCAGUGUUCUUUGGGUCUUGGUUCUGUGUGGUAAGGGUAUAUCAGUGCCAGGGUAAGGGUUUGCAUUUUAUAAAUGGUACAGAGUACAACUAAUAUUGCCAUUUUGUCUGAAGUCUCAUUUUAACCACCAUGUUGAACAUGUUUCAUUCUCCAAUUUCCUAAUAGAGGUCUUACAUCCGAGUUCUACUUCAGGAAUUGACUGACCGCUUUUGGAGUUUGGUUCAUUCUCCAGUAUUUCAUCAUGUAAUAAAGUGUUAAUCGUUUUUGUAGUUACGUCAGUACACCGUUUCAUAUCCGUGUUGUUGAUUCAGACCGAUGAAUAUAGAGGGAGCAGUGAGAUUUUGUGGAGUUCGAUGGAGAUUAUUUUGGGUGUGAGGUGGUUUUGUGAUUGUUUUUUAAGACGGGCUCAUCAGAGCUCCAUAUGAAAGUGUGUUGAGAUUGGGGUUGGGAAGUGACUUGUUACAAGUUGCUUUAAUAUUGUGCCUAGUUUAUGGUAUGCCUACCUGACAAGGCCCAAUAUAAUGACUACACCACUAGGGCUUGCAGUAUACCAUGUGCCAUAGACCGCUCGGUUUGAAUAAUCAGCAAUUUUCAGUUUUAAGUGUCGAGUUAAGAGCACGGCUCUUCAGAAGAAACUCCGGCGAGCUAUUUUCAGUUUAAGAAAGACUGCAGCCGUAAUAUCAAAUAAUUCUUUCACUGGAUUGAAUUAACAAUGAUUUACCUUUGAAGUUCAUGUACGGUGUACCUUCUUAUACCAACAGUAUUGGUCCUUAUGUCAAGGGUCAGCUGUCAAACUAGGGUCUGUGGGAAAUGCACCCUGGGUGAAUUUGUGCAAAUUUUUUGUGCUCUUGCGUCUUUUGAGGUGAUUAAAUGCCUAUAUAUGAUAUAUAUAUCUUAAUAUAUAAGUAUACAAUGUACAUCUAUAUUAAGUGUUAAUCCUGUGUUUUUUGUGCGGACCGUGGUAGUUAUAUUUGUAGAAUGAUUUGCAUUAUGAAUUUUAGCUUAGGUGAGGAAUGUCACAGAAAAUGUUGUAUGAACUGGAGCCUGAAAUGGAACUGUUCCGCUUUAAGGCAUGAACAGUAUUUGAAAUUGAAUAACAUGACCUACGAAUAUUGAAUGGGUUUCUAUUGAAAUCACAAUGUAUGUAUCUGUAGAACUGUGUUUUUUGUUGGAUCACAAAUCAUUGGCUGCCGAUGUAUUUGCAUUGGACCGACGUACGACGCUGAUAAAUUGGCAUGAUUCUAAGAGAAUUGCAUGUGUAACUUAUUGAGGCACAAUAUUGACAGCCAUUCAACGGUGUUUCCUCGUUGAAAGAUCACUAUAUCACUCUUUUUGAUCGACCGAUGAGAGUAUGUUUUCCAUUUGUUUUGUGGCGACACCGACUCGUUAAAUCUUAGGUGCGAUAGAAUUGAAAUCAAUACCACACUGUUGGGUCUCCGUAGUAAAAUUGAGCCUGUCACAUGGGGCACCAAUUCUGAGGGUUUGGGCCUACAUGUCAGCUCCACACUCUCCGUCUUAAUGUUAGUGCAGAGACCUGCCAGUGCAACAUUUUCUGUUGGUCUAUAUUGGCUAUACUGUUCAUGCCAACAUCUUGAGAGCCACGUCACAUUCUGUUGUCAUAGGCAGAUCCAAGGAGGGGCAUAAAUUUCAGUAAAAUUCUUGAAACGGACCAUAAAUAGUCUUUGAAAUUGAUCAGAAUCCUGGCUUGAAAGUUUGUAUGAAACAGUCAGUUACCAUAUUUGCACCUGCCCUAGCGGUAAUGGUUGCCCAUUCUUAAACACCUGGAUUUAGAAUGAACCGCACUGGAAGUUGGAACAGUCAAUAGAAUACCCCAAGAACUUUGUUACUAUUAUUAUCUACAAAAACAAGACCAGAUAUCGUUUGUGUGUGGCUGUCUUGAUGUUUAUAGUCAUGAUAUUUCAGUUCGAUCCUGUGACGGGUGUGUUCAGAACUGUUCAGGUGCUUUGCGGCUGUAGUUUAGCUAUAAGUGUCCAACACUGGUUAGAAAAUAAAUAUUAUAUACCCA